UUCCUGAUUUUCCAUCCGGUGGUGUCCCAAGAACCGGGACCACGUUAUUCCUCUCGUUCUUGGUGACUUGUGUUCUUUGGAUUGGAACCGUACUUGGGCAAUGAAAGAUGACGUCAAACGAAUUUGCGAGAACACAAGAACGGAAAAAAACGUGGAUUGAUAAACAGCCAUUAUGUCAAUGGUGCUGCCAGUGUUGCUUAUGUUUAUGGUGCUGCUGUAGACCUGUAGAAAAAUGGCGUUGAUGGGAUGUAUUUUAAGAAUGACUAGGAAUUCCAUAAAUUCAGGAAACAGGUUUUCCAAUUACUAUGAUCUGGUCUACAGAUUUAUCAUCAAUACCCAACAGAGAUGUGGCUUCAGGAAAGCAAUGAAGAAGCCAGCUAUCAAGAAAGGGAAUGUAGAGCAGCUGAGCAACUUACCGGCGGAGUCAAGUGAAGGACUCAUCCAUAGGAGGGGGGCCUCCCCCAAUGUGGAGUCACAUGCCCCCUAUACACAUCCCAGGGUCUUAAACAGGCUGGUCAAGCCCCUGUUUUUCUCAAUAGGGUUUACAGGCUGUUCCUUUGGAACUGCAGCCAUCUGGCAGUAUGAGUCACUGAAGUCACGGGUGCAGAGUUACUUUAAUGAAGUUCGGGCAGACUGGCUUGAGAAACUACGACCACAGAAACAAGGGCACAUUCGCAAACAGAUCAACCAGUGGUGGAACAGUUUAAGUGAGGGCCAACAAAUUGUUUCAGGGAUAAUUGCUGCUAAUGCUGUAGUCUUCUGCUGUUGGAGAGUACCAUCCUUGCAGCAGUCCAUGAUCAAAUACUUCACAUCAAACCCUGUAUCAAACACCCUGUGCUCACCUAUGUUGCUGUCAACAUUCAGCCACUACUCUCUCUUCCACAUGGCAGCCAACAUGUAUGUGCUUUGGAGCUUCUCCAGCAGUAUUGUGUCUAUACUCGGGAGAGAACAAUUUGUGGCUUUCUACCUGUCAGCAGGUGUCAUCUCCACAUUAUUCAGCUACUUGUGCAAGACAGCCACUGGGCGUUUGGGUCCUUCUCUUGGAGCUUCGGGAGCCAUCAUGACGGUUUUGGCUGCAGUCUGUAUCAAGAUGCCGGAGGCCAAGCUUGCCAUAAUCUUUCUCCCCAUGCUGUCUUUCACUGCAGGAAAUGCAUUGAAAGCAAUUGUGGCAAUGGACACAGCUGGAGUGCUUUUAGGAUGGAGGUUCUUUGACCACGCUGCUCAUUUAGGGGGAGCACUUUUUGGCAUAUGGUACAUUAUGUAUGGUCAUGAGCUAAUAUGGAAGAAUCGGGAGCCCUUGGUGAAGAUCUGGCAUGACCUGCGGACCAAGGGUCCCGGAGGGGGAGCAAAUGGAGGAGGCUCACUAUAGAUUUAAUUUGUAUAGACUGGACCACAAACAUCUGUUCACAUUUACAGAUGCAUUUAAUACAUAUAAAAGCCUUCCCUAUCAUAUCCUCUUAAACACCAUACUGUUGUCUGACAUACAUUCUUACAGUCCAUAUUCUUGAGUACUCAUGUUUGGGAAAAUAACUUGGAUGUUUUUAAAGGCUGUAUGUGAUCAUCCUUGUAGCUCCAUAUAUUAAAAUGAUAAUGUAUAAAGUAUCUAGGGACUCCACCACCAAAUUUGUUUAAAGGGAAGAGGAAACCUUGGUCUAUUAUGUAAUAAUCAGUAUCCGAAGUAAUUAAUUAUUUAAAAAAAGAGCAGAUCAGAUAACAUGAGGGACAAUGCAAGUAAUAUUAUACACAAUGAUUUAUUUAAGAAAUUGUAAUUAUAUAAUGUACAAUACUAAAUAACUUAUGGGUUAGUCUUGAAUUUGAAUAGCAAUAUGAACAACGGGAUACACAAUGGAUAUGUGAAGAGCGCGUGGGUAGGGGGAAGGGAGAGAGAUGGGCCUUGUUGGAAACAAAUCUAGCAGUAACGGUAACCCUAACAAAAGUUAAGUUAUUUUACUAGUAAUUUAAAUCAAACAGACAAUUUAUACCACAAAUUACACUGCCUUUAACGUCGUUGAGUUUUAUUACAACAGAAAACUAACGGAAAGACGUGUGGAUUUAGCAAUGUUUGUUAGCUCGUUGCUGUCAUGGAUCAACUGAAGCCUCCUGCGGAAUUGAAGCUUACUGGCAAUGUUGAAGACCAAUGGAAGCGUUGCAAGCAGCGUUUCAGUCUCUACCUUAUGGCAAUAGGCAUGGGCAUCAGCAGCAUUUUGGGAGUGGGGGGACACACAUUUUGUCUGGGGGUUUGUCCCACAGAACUUUUUUAAAGAUGUAGAUGCAAUUUCCCGCAUUCUGGUGCAUUUACCAC